CCUACAAGAACCACCCCCGCAUCACUCCUCAUUCCCCCUCAUCCUUAGCUUUUCGCCGCCGCUCCCAGUGUUAUACAUCAUUUCUGAGCGGUUGCGAUUGAUCGGAGAAAUCCCCAGCAGAGAGAGAUGGCGCAUUCAGUGACCCCAGAUGCCAUCUCCACCAUUCUAGCUAACCCUUCGCCGGAAUCUGGGUCUGAGCUGCCGGAAAUCGUCGUCCAAGUCCUGGAUCUGAAGCCCACCGGCAAUCGAUACAUGUUCACGGCCAGUGACGGCAAGAUGAAGCUCAAGGCGAUUUUGCAGGCUAGCACAUCGGCUGAUGUCAUUUCUGGGGCUAUCCAGAACCUGGGCCUUAUUCGGAUUCUUGAUUAUACUCUCAAUGACAUUCCCAUGAAAAAUGAAAAAUACCUGAUUGUCACAAAGUGUGAGGCUGUCUCUCCUUCUCUUGAGGCUGAAUACAAAGUUGAGGUGAAAAGAGAAGAUAAAAUGGAUGAUGUUGGCAUUGCGUUGAAGCCAAAACAGGACAGGGGCUUGAAUAGUUCAACAUUGAAGGAGUCCAAAUCAGCUGCACAGAUUGUACAUGAACAAAAUGGAAAUAUGGCACCUCCAGCACGCAUGGCCAUGACUCGGAGAGUUCAUCCGCUUAUAUCCUUGAAUCCAUACCAAGGAGUCUGGACAAUUAAAGUCUGUGUUACUAACAAAGGUAAUAUGCGGUUUUACAAGAAUGCUAGGGGAGAAGGAUGUGUCUUCAAUGUUGAAUUAACAGACCAGGAUGGAACACAAAUACAAGCAACUAUGUUUAAUGAAGCUGCGAAGAAGUUCUAUGACAAGUUCGAAUUGGGGAAGAUGUAUUACAUUUCAAAGGGUACCCUAAAAGUGGCCAACAAGCAGUUCAAGACAGUACAAAAUGAUUACGAGAUGACACUGAAUGACUAUUCUAUUGUAGAAGAGGCUAGCGAUGAGCCUGCUUUUGUUCCCGAAACUAAAUUUAACUUUAUCCCAAUUGAUGAACUUGGUCCAUAUGUAAAUAGCCGGGAGUUAGUUGAUGUUAUUGGUGUGGUUCAAAGUGUUUCUCCAACAAUGAGCAUCCGGAGAAAGAGUAACAAUGAGAUGAUUCCAAAGCGUGACAUAACCAUUGCAGAUGAGACGAAGAAGACUGUUGUUGUGUCUUUGUGGGGUGAUCUUGCCACUAAUGUAGGACAAGAAUUACUUGAUACGGCCUAUACAUCUCCAGUAGUUGCAAUAAAAUCCCUUAAAGUUGGAGACUUCCAAGGUGUUUCUUUGUCUGCGUUGAGCAAGAGUACAGUUCUGGUGAAUCCAGAUUUACCUAAAGCUAAAGACUUGAGAUCUUGGUUUGAUACUGAAGGCAAAGAAACAUCAUUGGCCUCAGUUGGUGCUGGUUUGAGCCCCUCUUCCAAAACUGGGUCAUGGUCAUUGUCAGAGAGAGUUUCCCUGCUUCAUAUAACCAGUAAUUCCUCUCUUGGCGAGGGCAAGCCUGUAUUUUUCAGAGUAAAGGCAACCGUUAGUUUCAUCAAACCCGACCAGGCAAUGUGGUAUCGAGCAUGCAAGACUUGCAACAAGAAAGUAACUGAUGCCCUUGACAAUGGCUACUGGUGUGAAAGUUGCCAGAAGAAUGAUGAUGAGUGUGUAUUGAGGUAUAUUAUGGUGAUGAAAGUUUCAGAUGCAAGCGGCGAAGCUUGGAUGUCUGUUUUCAAUGACCAGGCUGAGCAAAUACUCCGCCACACAGCAAAUGAGCUAGAUAGGCUAAAAUCUCAGGAUGGAGAGAGCACUUAUAUGGAGAAACUUAAAGAAGCCACUUGGGUUUCAUACAUUUUCCAAGUUAGUGUUGCAGUUCAAGAGUACAACAGCGAGAAAAAGCAGCGAAUAACAGUUCGAGGAGCUGCUCCGGUUGAUUACGCAGAAGAGUCCAAAUACUUGUUUGAAGAAAUGGCUAAGAUGAAUGUCAAUGUCACUGCAUGAAGUAGUCAAAAUCUGGGGGAUUUUUGCUUUAGUGAAAUAGGUUAUUUAUUACCAUCCAAGAACUUGUCAUGAAGUAUUGAAUCUUAAGUUUAUGGGAUUCUUUUUUUUACCAUGUAAAUCUUAAGUGCGAUGAAUGGCUGAGUUUGCAGCCCUGCUCUUGGAAGUUUAAAAUCUGAGUAUGUAAAAUAUAUGCUACUUGCCUAC